AUGUUGAUGCGAAAAACAUUUGCAAAUGUAAGUUUUCUGCCUCUCGGCGUCUCUCGAAAAUCAAUAAUCUCUGCGCUUCUCCUCUUUUUGUGUCUAGAGUCUCUUUUACCUCAAGUGCUCUCUCUUUCAUUUCUGCGCAUGUUCUCUUUUUCUGUUUUCAAAGAACUAUCAAAAAAACUUUUUUUUAUUUUCAGGUUUCGAGGCUGAUGAGUACGAUCUCAGAUAUACCUGUGAGUUAAAUAUUAGAAAUCAAAGUUUUGGCGGAAAUUUUAUCUCCAAUUUUUUGCAGCGCGCCAUGGAUAAUGUUCAAUAUCCGACUUUGUUGAAUGUGACACAUAUUGAUAACACUUCAAGAGCCAAUGAUAUUCGAGCUGGAAUGGUUGACACGUUUUUGAAUUUGGAGCGAGUUGAUAAGAAUUUGUAUUUGUGAGUGAUUUUCGGGUAGAGAAAGAAAGUGUGGUUCUAGGACCGUUAUACCAGGAUAGUACUAUCUACAGUUGUUAAUUAUAUGGAAUUUUCGAGCUCAAAACUCCAGACAAAACUGCUGAAAAUUCAUCAGAUUCAAAAAUUUUGGAAAAUUUCUGGAAAGGUUCGAGUAAUCAACAUUUUUUAAUUCAAAAUUUAUUUGAAUUUUUAGAAAAUAAAAAUGUUACAUUUGUUUUGAAAAAAAUACUGCCUGAAUGGUCUUUAAAAAAUUCAGAUGUGUUUUCAAACAUGAAUUUUCCCAGAAAAAAUCGGUAACUCUUAAAAAUUUGCAAGAAUAUUUAAAAAAUAUAUACAUGAUAUUUUUAACCAAAAAAUUCUAUUGGAUUUCCGCAUAAAAAUCACCUAAAUUCUCCAUUUUUCCAGAGCCCGUCACUUGCUCAAAGGUCGCAACUCAAUUCCAGUUGUCUACGGUGGUCAAGUAAUUGGACAAGCUCUCUCAGCUGCCACCGCAACUGUAGAUCAAGGAUUCGUCCCAAAUUCUCUUCACAGUUAUUUUGUUCAAAGUGGCAAUGUAGAACGACCAAUUUUAUAUCAAGUUGAUCGAAUUCGUGAUGGUCGCAGUUUUUGUACUCGAUUAGUAAAAGCUCUUCAAGAUGGCGAAGCUAUUUUCACCGUUCAAAUCUCAUUUCAUCGCCCGGAGCCGGAUUCAAUCAUCCACCAACUUCCAAUGCCAGAAGUUCCAGCUCCAGAUAGUCUUGAAGAUUUGUCAGAAACAUUUGAUAAACUGAUAAAUAAUCCAACAACUCCACCAAUUGCAAUGGCAAUGAUUAAAUUCAAACAAAAAGAGAUUCCACCCGCAUUCUUCAGAAUGUUCUCUUUUCGACCUGUUGAUAUUGAUGCGUAUCUUUUGUUGAAAAAAGAUGAUCCAAAUCAAUCACAUUCACAUUCAACAGAUGCAUAUCGAAGUUAUGUUUGGAUUAAGGCCAAUGAAAAUAUUGGUGAUGAUCCAAGAUUGCACGUUGCGGCUGCGGCUUACAUUUCGGAUGCGACUAUGAUUGAAACUGCCUUAAGACCACAUUCAAAGUAAGUUUUUUUGUGGGAAUUUUUGAGGUCUAGAAAAAUGUUACACUGGAGGCGUCUAACAAUAUAAGAAAUACGGAACUACCACGUUUUUCAGAAAAAAUUUAUUUUUUUUAAUCAACUUUAAAAUUUUCAAGUUUUCAUUUUGAAGUUAAAGAAAGAGGAUAUUUGGGAGUAAUAUGUUAAUUUUAAAUUAUUAGUUUCCAUGGUAAAAACAGGACCAAACUACAGAAAUUGUUCAAGAAAUUUGAGUUCGAAUAACUUUUUUAGCUUUGAAAUAAUAAUUAAAAAAGAAGUCAAAAAAUGUUGGAAAAUGUAGGUCUCGUUACAAUUGUUAAAUUUUGUUUUCAGAAUUGUUGGAAUUAUGCUUUAGCUCGAUGUUUGCUUUGAAAUUUAGAAUUUUUACAAGGAUUUUUCACACAUAAUAAUGAAAACAAAAAUAGGAAGUUUUUCGAAAUAACGAAAAUUCCGAAAAAAAAUUUGUGAAAAAAUCGGCCCGAUUUUUUCUGUGAGUGAAAAAAAUCGUCCCAAUUUUUAAUGGUGUUCAGAUUGAAAAGAUGAAGAACAUCCGAAUAAAUGAGUAGAAAAAGUGAUCGAGAGAUCAAAAAAUGAAAUAUAGCUGCAAUAUCUGGAAAUUUUAGGCUGAAUUGAAACUGUUUCUCUUGGGAAAACCAUUUCCAAAAAUUUUAUCCCAAUAAUAAUCUCCUCCAAUUUUGCAGAAAAGGCUUUAUUCCUGGCAUGGCUUUGACACUCGAUCAUUCAAUUUGGAUGCAUACCGACAAUUUCCGUGUCGAUGAUUGGCUUCUCUACGAAAAUCACAGUACAAUUGCGAGCGGUGGUCGAAGUCUUAUCGAAGGAAAAUUGUGGACAAAAGAUGGGCGCCUCAUUUUCUCGACCACACAAGAAGCUUUGAUUCGAGCUCGAAAACCUGCAGCUGCAAAACCAGAACCUCAAACGCAAACUAGUAAUAAUAAUAAAAACUGA